UACUCUGUUUUUUUUUCUUUCUGUUUUACACAUAAAACAGAAAUGUCAUUGACACAUAAGAUACAGAUUUAAAAAAAAAAACAGUUUUUCUAUCUUUAUAAGACACAAAGACAAGGUGUAUGAGGAAGCUGUCUGUUGCCAGUAUAUAUAAUUUUUCCGAGCACUGACUGACUGUACAUUGUGUUACAUAAUGUAUCCUCGUUUUAGCUGUCUCAACUGCGUGGGGGGAAACAAAGAAUGCCUUCUUUCUCUUGUGGCCUGACUCGAGGCGUGUUUCAUCUACACGACAGCCAGAAAAUAGUAACGUUACAAUCAGUGUUUCCUCUUAAGACUGAUUCCCUCUCUCCGUAAAACCAAAACCAGAAGUUAAUUUUUUACUACUGAAUAUUAAUGAGUUACUCCACAGUGCUUGAUUGAGCCUGUACUAUAUAUACAGGCUACAUUGUUGGUAAGAAAUGUGUAAUGUUGGGACGAAUCGCGUGGGCCUCCUUCUGAGGCAACGUAGGACGGCAAAGGUUGAAUAGCAGAGCAACUGAGUUAUGCAUCACAGCCACAAAUAUAAUCUCCCAAAGGGCCUUUUUUUUUUCAAAUCCCCUCUGGUUUAUACUGUCAUAAUCAAGAAGGGCAAGCUAAACUGGAGGAAUAUAAACCGUCUAAUGCAGGGGGAAAUCUCUGCAUUGCAGCAAAAAAAAAAUGCUUUUUAAGAGGAAGAGGGGAGCCGGCACACUGUGAUCCGUGUGGCAGCGCACGGCUGACCAAUAAUGUUCCACCCUGUUGGCCCUCCAGCCAAUUGCAGCUGCAGUUGAGGUUAAAGAUUGACAAUCAGAGGGAGAGCAGCGGGGAGAGCAAGGGGCCUUCUGGAAAAUUCCACAGCCAUCUUUGAUUCACCCUUUACAGCCUUAUAUAAAAAUCCAGUCUGGCUGAGGAGGAGGUAAAGACGGAGUCUGAUGUGGUAGAGGGGAUGGAUGCACCCGUACGAUCCAAAGUCCCUGAUCCACCGGGGUUAGCAGAACGACCAGCGGCACCACAGAAGAGAAAGGUGUCCAGUCCCACCCAUUCCUCCAAUGGACAUUCUCCCUCGGACACCUCCCCCAGCCCUGUUAAGAAAAAGAAGAAGCCCGGGGCCAUCAACUCUAACAACAAAGACCAGUCAGAGCUAAGACAUGGUCCCUUUUACUAUAUGAAGCAGCCAGCACUCACCACAGACCCUGUUGAUGUUGUACCGCAGGACGGCAGGAAUGACUUCUACUGCUGGCUGUGCCACCGCGAGGGCCAGGUGCUCUGCUGUGAGCUCUGCCCCAGGGUGUACCACGCCAAGUGCCUCAAACUACCAGCUGAGCCCGAGGGCGACUGGUUCUGUCCAGAGUGUGAGAAAAUAACAGUUGCUGAAUGCAUUGAAACCCAGAGCAAGGCAAUGACGAUGCUGACAAUAGACCAACUCUCCUACUUGCUCAAAUUUGCACUCCAAAAGAUUAAACAGCCCGGGACCGAGCCUUUUCAGAAGCCUGUGGCUCUGGAACAGCACCCGGAUUAUGCAGAGUACAUUUUCCACGCCAUGGACCUGUGUACUUUAGAGAAGAAUAUCAAAAAGAAAAUGUUUGGCUGCACUGAAGCCUUUCUUGCUGACAUGAAAUGGAUCUUGCACAACUGCAUCAUCUACAACGGAGGUAAUCACAAAUUAACAGCAACUGCAAAAGUCAUCGUCAAGAUUUGUGAACAUGAGAUGAAUGAGAUUGAGGUGUGUCCAGAGUGCUACCUGUCUUCAUGCCAAAAAAGGGACAACUGGUUCUGUGAGCCAUGUAGUCAACCCCACCCUCUGGUCUGGGCCAAGCUAAAGGGCUUCCCCUUCUGGCCAGCAAAAGCACUUCGAGAAAAGGACGGGCAGGUAGACGCACGCUUCUUUGGGCAACAUGACAGGGCCUGGGUUCCCAUCAACAACUGCUACCUCAUGUCCAAAGAGAUCCCUUUCUCUGUAAAGAAGACAAAGAGCAUUUUCAACAGUGCCAUGCAAGAGAUGGAAGUCUACGUGGAGAACAUUCGCAAGAAAUUUGGGGUCUUCAACUAUGCACCCUUCCGCACUCCCUUCACACCCAACAACCAGCUACAGAUGCUACUAGACCCCUCCAACCCCGGCGCUGGGACAGUGAAAACAGAGAAACUGGACAAACUUCGCUUCAACUUUGAUAUAACCGCGUCUCCUAAGAUGGUCCUCGGCAAGAGUUCCACGCCCAGUGGCAUGACUCGGAGGGUCUCAAUGACAGACAUGCCUCGAUCUCCCAUGAGCACCAGCUCCUCGGUUCACACAGGGUCCGAUGGGGAGCAGGAUAUGGAGAAGGCCAGCAGGAAUCCUGCCUUCCACUACAGCACUGGAGAGGAAUCAAUGGACUGUACUGCAUCUCCUGUCUCUGGGAAGAUGGGUCCUGCAGGCAGCCCGAAGCCCUUUAACCCUGGACUGGUGCCCAAGCAGGAGAGGACUGCAGGCACAGGAGGCAUCCUCAAUCUCAACCUGGAUCGGGUGAAGGCUGAAAUGGAUCUGAAGGAGCUGAGCGAGACCGUGCAACAACAACAGCAGCAACAUCAGCAACAACAGGGAGCGUCGGCUUCCCUCCCCACCCCAAAGAGACUCAUCAGGAGCCUGGACAAGACUAUUGAGAGCUGCAAGGCACAGCUCGGGAUAGAUGAGAUCUCUGAAGAUGUGUAUAAAGGGGUGGAUCACAGCGACACUGACGACUCUGAGAAAUCUGACUCAAGUGACAGCGAGUAUCUCAGCGACGAGGAUCACAAGCCAAAGAGCUCUGCCCAGGACGACAAGGACAAAGCAGAGAGAAAAAGGCCCAAAGCAAGCACGGAGGGAGAGAAUAAGGAGGGCGUUACAGGGACAGCGGAUAAAGCCACCUCUGAACCCCUGCUCAAAGACAAGCAGGGUACCAAUGGCCCUGAUAGGGACCUCCAGGACAAGCCCAGAAAGCCCCAGUCUCAGCCCCUCACUGACAAACCCAAAGCCCCAGAGGAGGGCAGAGCAGCUGCUGCAACAUCAGCAGCUGAGCAGGACUCUGAUUCUGAAAGAGAGCUGGUGAUCGACCUGGGAGACGAACAUGGAGGUCGUGACUCAAAGAGGGCGAGAAGAGAGCCGGGAGCUUCUGCUGCCAAAACUCCCAAAGAGCCUAAAAUUGCCAAGGUGGAAGGUAAACUGUCUUCAUCUGCUGCAGCAGCAACUCCAUCACGGGACUCGCCCUCUAACCUGAGAGAUGCUUUGCAACCCUCCAUCACAGCGGCCCUCAACCUUGUUUCCACCGCAGCUUCUGGUCUGCCUAGUUCCACCACAACUACCGGAGGAUCCACCGGUGCUCCCUCUCCUGCCUCCACCUCGGUCUCCGCAACAUCCCCAGUACCUGCAGCCAUAAAGAAACAGCGCCCUCUACUGCCUAAAGAGACGGCUCAGGCCGUGCAACGAGCAGUGGUUUGGAAUCCAACCAAAUUCCAGACGUCCUCUCAGAAGUGGCACAUGCAGAAGGUGCAGAGGCAGCAGCAGCAAGGAGAGCAGUCGCCAGUGCAGACGCCGGCCCAGACGCCGACCCAGACGCCGGCCCAGACGCCGGCCCAGAGUCCGGGGCAGACACGCAGCCCUCAGCAGCUGCAGUCACAACAGCAGAACUCCUCCUCAAGUACCCGCUAUCAGACCAGACAAGCAGCCAAGGUGCAAAAAGACGUGCCUCAGAGUACUUCCUCAUCGACAGCAGCCCAGGUCACAUCUGGCAGCUCCUCUUCCUUCAUGUCAGGAGACUUGCAGAUCCCUACAGGCUCAGCAGAGGUGGCUGCAGAUAUAGCCAAGUACACAAACAAAAUUAUGGACACAAUAAAAGGGACAAUGACUGAAAUCUACAAUGAUCUUUCCAAAAGCACAUCAGGAAACACAAUUGCAGAGAUUCGACGGUUAAGGAUAGAGAUUGAGAAACUCCAGUGGCUGCAUCAGCAAGAGUUGUCGGAGAUGAAGCACAAUCUCGAACUGACGAUGGCAGAGAUGAGGCAGAGUCUGGAGCAGGAAAGAGAACGGCUGGUGGCCGAGGUGAAAAAGCAGACGGAGGUGGAAAAGCAGCAGGCAGUGGACGAGACCAAAAAGAAACAGUGGUGCGCUAACUGCAGGAAGGAGGCCAUCUUCUACUGCUGCUGGAAUACCAGUUACUGUGAUUACCCCUGCCAGCAAGCCCACUGGCCAGAACACAUGAAGUCCUGCACACAGUCAGCCACAGCAUCGCAGCAGGAACCAGAAGCAGAGUCCAACUCAGACCCUUCAGUCAAAUCAUCAAGCCACUCUCCUGCCACACAGCCCCCUCCCUCAGGAGCAGGAUCCAUAUCAGACAAAAGCAACUCUCCCACAUACAUUGACAAGAGCAAGGACAGUGGCGUUACUGUGACCUAACUGCUACACUACAGAUAUUCUCGCACAUUUUGCAAGGCCGCUGUGGGGCUUGUCGCGUCAGACAUGUGACGGCAAACUUGGUGCUCGAAGGCCUGCACCUCUGUGACAAAUCACUUUGAUUUUUUUUUUCCAUUCCCAUGUGUACAUCUGCUCGGUGGACAUUUUUCUUUUUGGUUCAUUUCUCAUUCGCAGUUUCCACAAGUCCGUGUUCAGGUGGAUUCACCAUGUGAAAGUAGUCUGUCUUGAGAAAUAAAAACGUGAGGUUCUAUGUUUUCAUACUGUAGUUUUGUUAUAGCUUGGUUACCACUUUGUUUCAAGUCUGAAUAAGAUUGUAUCAACCCACAGAAUAUUUACACUUUUCAAAGCUGCUCUUAAGUAACUUAUGGCUGUUUUUAUUUUGUUGACUUAUCUCCAUAUUAUGAGACAAAAACAGCCAUCGACAGUUGAUAUUCAUUUCAUCCAUCGCCAUCAGAGGUAUUUUGAGUUAUGCAAGUUUCAUCUUUAUGUUUUAAACCAUGUCUGCUUCAUGUCAACUGAGAUGUUUUGAGUAAUGCAAGGUUAAACAUUAUGUUUUCAACUAUGUCAGCGGGGGCAUUUUUGGCUCAUACCAACUUUGUAUUGUAGUUCCACAUUGUAUAGACCUACAUAAAAAAAUAUCUGUGAUUUAUUAAAAAAAGAACUAAAAAAUUUAAACUGUACAAAGUUUUUUGUAAGAAAACCUGAACAAUAUUUAUAGUGUUAUAUGUUUUUAUAGUAUGUUUAAUGAAAUCACAUUUCUAUGUGUUUAAAAAAAAGUUAUUUGAAAAUAAAUUACUUCAUAUGAAUGUCAGCUCUGAGCAAAGCCUCUGUUUAACUGGUUAUCCAAAGCUGAUGUAAAUCCUGAUCAGACUGUGUCUAUAAGAACUGGGUAGGCAUAAAUAGAAACUGCAUUUUGGCUGGAUAUUAUUUCCUGUGAGCAUGUCUGUUUUGAGCUUGUGUUCGUGUUUACAUAUUGUACAUACAAUAAAUGGACUCGUGAAGAAAAAAAUAAAAAUGCUCUGAUCAAUUAUCAAA